AUGGCACAACGUUCCGCCCGCGCCCGAGUCAAGCUCGACAAAAUCUCCGCCUCGGGAUCUCCGUCUUCGCCUUCGACAACCUCUCAUUCGCGGACAGGGUCGAAGGGUGUUGCGAAGAUUGGUUCCGGGGGUUUGCUAACGCCGUCUGUGUCGUCUGUGUCGGGAUCUUCGCGCGGGAGCAUUCAGUUGUCGCAUUCGGGCCCAAAGAUUGGGAAGAGCGCCUUGAGGAGCUUCUUUGAUAGUCAUAGUGAGAAGAUUAGAGGGAGGUUGAGUAGUGGUUCGGGUCUUGGGAAGAAAGAUGUGCACCAAAGUGGAUAUGGGUUGGGGUUAGGAUUGGGGUUGGGUGGUGGCAUGUUGUCACUAGGUGAGAAGAUUGAGAUAAAACGAUGGGAAGGUGGCGGACGACGGGAAGAAUUAUGGGAAGGUGGAGGGCAAGGACGAAAGGACCUGGAGUUGUGGUUCCCGGAUGGUGAUACACUAGUUUAUCUUACCGAACGGCCAAUAAUACCUCGAAAUCCUCAAGGCCUUUACAAACCACCACCGCCGAAAGCAUCAUUUCGACUAUACUCAUCCGCUCUAAGAAAGACUGAAUCACCAUUUUUGAUAGCCGCACUCGAAGAAUCCUUUAGAGAGCGACCAUUAACGCCCCCUCGGUAUACAGGUGCAAAUGGGUCUGAUGAUGGGAUCUCACCUACAAGCAUGGAGUUUGAAUACCAGCUUGGCUCACAGAAGAAAUCGAAUAAGAGCGAUGCAAAUAGCGAGGAAGGCGUUCAAUACAGACUAUAUUUCCCUGCGCAAAUGGGUGGUGACAAGCUCGCAACCCACAAGCAUCAUCUUACCACACGCAAUUUCUUUGCAGUCCUUUUCAAUAAAGCGCUAGUAGGUAUAACACUCGGUCAGACUCUGCUUGACCUCGUCGACCGAAUGGACUUAUAUCUCAGCCCCCCGAACCCCCUGAAUUACGAUCUUGUGGAUCAUGGAGUAUCAGAAAUCGAAUCUCCUUACGGAAGUCUUAUGAGUCCCAAGGGGCAAAUGAGCACCCAAAAGAUCAUAAUUGAUUACCUCAACGGUCGUGAUUUUGAUGAUGUUCGUAACUGGCCUGAAGGUGCUGCAGGUCUUGUGGUCUGGGCGGAAAGGGCUAGUGCAUCUGGAGCCUUGGGUUGCGGGUUAGGCGGUGGUGAGAUGGUAGGAGGUGUUGAAAGCCUAUGGCGGGAAGGAUUCGUUCAUUGUACAGGAAUGCUGGCGCGGCUGGAAGGGGGCGGAGAGUGGAGGGAGAUAUCACCCAUCACAAAGGCCCUGAUCGACCGAGCCUCAUUAGAGAUUCAAGUCCGUGUUGCUGGUGCGGAUCAGAGACUGAGCAAUUUCAACUUCACUGACAUGUGGCCUACCACAUCUUCAGCAGCACCACACGCAAGGGCAGCAUUUGAUAAGUUCCAAAAGUUUUUGAUCAAGCACUAUUCCUCAAGAUUUGGGUCAUGGCCGCCUCACACACCCGAUGGCCGCCUGAGCAGAAUGGUAUAUGUCCAACUCCAGCGAGAUUUCUCAGCGCUUUAUGACUAUCUAGUCGACAGGGAUGUGUCGUGGAGUAACAGUAAUGCCCAAACCCACCACCCCCGCCAGAACAAUACUCAGGGCGUCGGUAUAGUAAAUAAACCGAACAACACUGUUGCCGGAAACAAACUUGUCAAUCAUAAAUCACCACACUGGCGGGCAGACGACGAGGAACUUCACAUCACUGAUAUUCUAAUCACAUUUGAUGAGAAGCAAAAGUAUCCGCAUAUGCCAUAUCCGUUCCCAUUAGUGCCACCACCCAUGGUUAUGGGGCGAGGGUUCAAGAAUCGCUUCUUUCAAGGUGCCAGAAGAGGUUCAAUCACAAAUACGCCGACAUCAGCGUUUACCACCCCUGCCACCGCGGAUAAAGCUGCCGCAUUGUCUUUAUCAGAGUCGACCAAUAUUAUGUCUCUCAUGAGUUCAUCAGUAUCAAAUGAUCUGGUAGAUGCAUUUGCAAAGCAUGAGAAGUCUAUUUCCGCGUCAGAAAUUGACCCACAUGAUGCCCGAAAAGGAAGAUGGAUUCUCAUCUAUGGAAUCUUACAAACCCUCGCUACAGUCGCUGUCGAUGCACCAGGAAUCAGAUACUCUGAGGGUGUUGAUUACUUCCUCUGUCCAAAACUUCGGGGUACCCCACCAUGGAAAUAUUGUGGUGAGCGUGGCAUGGAUUCAUCAGGUUUGUCGGGAUCUAUCAUUGCCGAUGAACGGAGCCAUUUCCGCUCGCACUGCUGGACUGUUCCAAGGACCUGGAGGCUUGCCGGGCCCCUGCCUUCGACUGCAGUGGUGCCAAACCACAGCCGCGACGAUAAUGAGCGCGAGACAUCAGAGCUAUCAGGGGGGAGAAUGAAUGAUAUUGAGAGCGGGGAUGAUGGAGAUGAUGAGAUGGGGGAUGUUGAGAGCAGCCCAGUUAUGGGUGGAGGAUUAGGAAGAAAAAAGAGCAAGAGAUAUGAUAGCAUUUCUAGUAGCAGCGGAUUGGGCUCGCCAAUUCUGAUGGAAAAUAAGGUUAGGUGGCAAGAUGCAUGGGGCAUGGGGCCACAGGGGACCCCAGGAAGAAUGGGAGGUGGUCCUUAUUAUCAUUAA